UCGGUGACGAACAGGGAAGUGUAAAGGAGAAAAACAGCACCGGUGAGAAACUGUUUGCCUGAUCGAUGGCUGCCUCAGGGAAACUGGCAUCUUUCCGCCUGCCUCCGUUGCCGACCGUAGGUGAGCUCAUAAAGCUGUACAAACUGCGAGCUGAGAAACAGCUUUCCCAGAACUUUCUGCUGGACCUGAGGCUCACAGACAAAAUAGUGCGUAAGGCUGGCUGUUUGAAUGGUGCUCAUGUGUGUGAGGUGGGUCCUGGUCCCGGAGGCCUCACCCGCUCCAUCCUCAACGCCGGGGCAGCAGAUGUGCUUGUUGUCGAGAAAGAUUCGCGCUUCAUCCCCGGGCUUCAGCUGUUGUCUGAGGCAGCACCAGGCAGGCUGAGGAUCGUCCACGGUGACAUACUCACUUACAGGAUGGAUCGAGGAUUCCAGGCAAAUAUCUCAAAGCCGUGGGAGGAAGACCCACCAAACUUUCACAUCAUCGGGAAUCUCCCAUUUAACGUCUCAACCCCCCUCAUCAUCAAGUGGCUGGAGAACAUAGCCAACAGAACAGGGCCCUUCGCCUUCGGACGCACCCGACUCACCCUCACUUUCCAGAAGGAGGUGGCAGAGAGGCUGACGGCCAGCACGAGCAGCAAACAGAGGAGUCGUCUUUCCAUCAUGGCUCAGUAUCUCUGCACCGUCCACAACUGCUUCACCAUCCCUGGACGAGCCUUCGUUCCCAAACCAGAGGUGGACGUGGGAGUAGUUCACUUCACCCCUCUGGUUCAACCCCAGAUCCAGCAGCCCUUCCAGCUGGUGGAGAAAGUCGUCAGGAACGUCUUCCAGUUCCGCAGAAAGCACUGCCAUAAAGGAAUAGAAAACUUGUUCCCCGAGGCGCGUCGUGUGGAGCUCACUCAGGAGAUGAUGCAGAAGGCAGAUGUGGACCCCGUUCUGCGCCCUCCAGAACUCACCAUACCCCACAUCAGGGCUUUGGCAGAUGCCUACGCUCAUCUGUGCAUCCGCGAGCCCGGUCUCCUCAGCUACGAGUUCAGAGAGGAGCUCAGGCUAAAGCAUCUGGCUCGGAAAAGCAAGGCGCCGACGGGUACGGUUACGGACAUGCCAGGCGGCACGCUACAGAGUCCCCUGCAACCCUGCUGAAAGAAAAUGCUUGGAAACCAAAAGAAGCCCGCUAAUAGCCCCCCGUUAGCACAGGGUGACAACAAACUGCUCUUAGCGUUGACAUUUCCACCUGGCAUAGGCAUGAAUUUUUAAAAUAUUUCCUCUGCACCCAAGGAGCGAUAGGUAAUGUGGUGUACACGGAAUCCUGGGACACAGAGAGGAAGCAGGAGUCACAUAAAUAACGUCCUGGGUGGGUUAGAUCGGCUCCAUUUUGUGUUUUUUUGGAGGAUAAAGAAAUCAAGCUAGUUACCCACGGUGCAACUCUUUAAGAGCAAGUGUCUCUUGAUGUCCCAAUUUUUGCUUCAUAUCCAUCUCGCAUAACACCUUGUCCUGUGGGACCUGAAAGAAAUUGUUGGCGUGGUUUCAGGGUGAUUCAGAGAAUGAGAACAACAUGGCAGCACCAUAUCCAGGCCAUUUAUUCCUCUCACUGUGCAUUGCUUAGUCACUUGGGAGACUGAGCUUAAAGGGACAAAGAAAGUGCUCUGAAUUUGUCAGCUCAAGAAAGACUCUGAUUAAAAUGAUUUGUGGUUUUAAAAUAAAAAUAAAAAAAUCUGGAUUUUGCUGGUCAGUGUUUUCAUAAGAUUAUGUCAGCUUUGUGUCGUUGCCUACUGCUGUUCCUUUGAAUGAUCCUGAUGCCAAACGGGCUGCCAGCACUGACUUUUGUAUAAUUACAUCAGAAAUAUUGAUGUCUGUAUAAUUCACAAACAAUAUAAAUGGAUUUUAUUUGAAAUAAAGGAACCUGCUGUUAUUAUUUCAAGCAAGACUCUACAGGAAAAAAAGCA